ACAAAGCUUUCUCAUUAAAAUUUCUAUAACCCUAUCUCUUCUUCCCGCUUGAGCCGUGGAAUCCGUUUGGCAUGGAAGGCGACGAACUCCAGAAGCCGAACGGUCUGCCCGUAGAAACCCUAGAUAUGAUCGCCCAGAAGAAGCACGCGGCGAUGCUCGAGCGCCUUUCCAACAACCACCAAUCCCGUCUUCAGCAGUCCGCGGCUCGCCGUACUGCCGCUGACUUCUCGUCUCCCUCCUUCGAGUCCGUCCAAUCAUUCCUAAGCCUCUUUUCCGACGCAAAACGCUCCGUAGAGGCCGAUCUCCACCGCUGCCGUGCCAUCGCCGCCGCUGAUCCGAAAGCCAAAUCCCAGAUCAAGCUGGAACUCGACAAGGUAUCGGAAUCCAUCUCCGAUCUUGAAAAAAUCGUUUCCGAACACUCUUAUUUCCUGCCUCCUUACGAGGUACGUUCCUCCCUGAAAACGAUCGAGGAGCUCAAGGAAAUGGUUGAAAGCGCGAAUGCCGAGAUUGCACCGAGGAAGAAGUUCACCUUCAAGAGCAAGGCUUCGUCAAAGAAAGAACCCGCUGCUUUGGCGAAAGAGUCUGAGCAAUUUAUUACAGUUUCCAAUGCUGCGAGUCAGAAUAUUAGCUUGUCGGACUCGCCGGGUUUUAGGAACAAGCAAGGCGAGAUUCUGAUAAAGCGUUUUAGAGUUUCUGAAUCAGAGGGGGAUUUUAGCAUUGUUGAUCUGGAUUCCUGUGAUGUUUAUCUGAAAGGGAGAUUCAGAGCAUUGUUUAUUCACCGGCUCAGGAAUUGCCGCAUAUUUACGGGUCCGGUGCUGGGAUCGAUUCUCAUAGAGGAUGUGAACAAUUGCUUGUUUAUGCUAGCGUCCCACCAGAUUAGGAUUCACCAAGCAAGAGAGUGUGAUUUCUAUCUUAGGGUCCGAAGUAGGCCCAUUAUAGAGGAUUGCAGUGGCCUGAGGUUUGCGCCUUACAGGUUAUUAUACGAAGGGAUCGACAAGGACCUCAGUGAUUCUGGCCUUGAGGAAGAAACAAGGAAUUGGGCUAAUGUGGACGAUUUCCGAUGGCUUCGAGCUGUGCAAUCUCCUAAUUGGUGUUUAAUACCUGAAGAAGAGUUUGUUGCUGUUAGAAAUAUUUCAGAAUUGGAGGAAAAAUCUGGUGACACCUAGCUUACUUGAAACUUUGGCGUUCAUGUGAAUUAGAUAAGCCAUUCAAGUUUUGGUGAGCAUGCAUUUGUGCAUUAGAUUGGAAGUCUUAUUUUAUAUUUAUAUGCAUUCAAUUCAAAGGUUGUAAGUACAUUUGAAUUUUUCAGUUUGUUCAACAAGUCAGCUUAUAUUUGUUCCGGGAGUAACUGUUACACUGAACUAAUCUAAAGAGCAUUUAAUUCUUUGCUUUCAGAGAUGCACCAUAUUUUUGUUUCAGUGUGUUUCGUUGUGGUUGUUCUCAUGGCAGCUUUUCCGGCACUGAGCAUUGCUCACAGGUUAACUGUUAUGCAGAACCAGUCUGAGUUGUGACCUUAUGCUUUCAGAGACGUCACCAUAUUUUGGAGUUUCAUUGUGCUUUCUUCUUCUUGACCUUUUUCUAUUCCAUUAUCUUCUACUGGGCACACACUGAUGCUGUUCAUUGAAUUCUUUUCUAUAGUCAUGCAACCUUCUGAAUCAUUGCAAUGCUUUCCCCUACUACUACUUGCAAUGUCAUUAAUAUAAAUUCCCUACAUUCUAAUAAGUUAACCAUGAUAACGUUGUUAUACUAUGUAGAAAUCGGUAAGGUUUCGAUUGGGAUUGCUAUUUACAACAGUUUUUUAAUACAAAAAUUUGUUGAAAGAAAAAAAAAAUGAUAGUAAUCAAAAGAUGUCUCAAAUGAAAUUUAAGUUUAAGAAGUAGUCGACAGACUAGUUUAACUUCCUGAGGGAUGAUUUGUUAGUCAUUGGUUUGAUUGGGUUAAGUGUUAUAAACUAUGAUGAUGCUUGAGAGGAUCAAGUUUGCUCUCUUCUUUAAAUAUUAUGCCAUUACUAGCAAUCAAUCUUUUAUUAGCUAGCUUAAGCCCUCAGCUAGUGUUCAAUGCUAUUUUGCCAAAUAUUUCAACUGAGGACAAUGUUAAGGUCACUUUAUUUUUGUGUGAAGUGCUAUUGUUGUUGGUUGGCUCUUGUCCUAAUGUUCAUCUCUAAAUUUAUGGUUUGAUUUUCCUAUACUAACCUUUUGAUAUGUGUAUGUCAUAGUUCUCAUUUGAGAAUCGAGCUAUUUUUUAUUUGUGACGCAUGCCUUCAAGAAAUUAGUCACCUUUUGGUUAUUAGCAUUUAUUAUCUUCUUUAAAAUUAUUGUUGUUGAGAGUAAAACCAUGCAACGAAAAAAAAGCUAAAAGAACAUCGGGAUUUAACGUGAAAGAAAUUCAAAAUUAGGACAAAAAAAAAACUACGGGGCCGCAUCGAGAAGUCCACUAUAAAAAUAGGAGAAAAUAUACAUAUCACUCUUUUCACACUCACUUGUUUCUCUUCACUACAUACACUGUUCUACAUAUAAAACAGACUAAUAGAUGCACUUAAAUUCACCAAGAGAUGCAAUUCUUUAAAUGAACUAAGAAUAAUUAGGAAGGAAAAACUAAGCCCAACUCGCAAUGUCGUGGCGUUAGGGUCUAGAGUGGUGCAGCUCACCACUUUCAUCGGGUUUUUUGAAAUUUAUACUAUUUUUAUUAAAUAGAAAAUAAUCUAGCCUCUGAAAAAUAACUUUGUAGCACGAUUAAAGUCUUAAAGUUAUAUUUUAUGUAAUCUUUGCUAAUUUGAUUAUUUUCUAAAAAUAAGAAUUUUCACCUACUUUUCUAAGCUGGUUUUUUGUUAAUUAUUGUUAAUACA